AUGUUUUCCUUGCGCAUAGUGACAACAGAUCAUUAUUUAGCCACGCCUAUUCCUGGACUAGAUGUCACCCGGUCAGAGUUCAGAGGGACAGAGGUCAAGAAAGUUCCAAUAUUAAGGAUAUUUGGAUCAACACCUGCAGGUCAGAAAACAUGCAUGCACGUACAUGGUGUGUUUCCAUAUCUAUAUGUACCAUUUGAUGGAACUCAUCCUGAAGAACGGUAUAUGAAACAGUUUGCAGCAAGUCUAGACAAGGCAUUAAAUGUAGGAAAUGGAAUGGCAAAGGCUAAUUUUCAACAUGUUUUUAAGAUAUCUUUGGUAUCUGGCAUACCAAUGUAUGGAUAUCACCAUAAAGAAGAAGCCUUUAUGAAGAUUUAUCUGUACAAUCCUUUCUCUGUUAAAAAAGCUGCUGAUCUGCUUUUAGGGGGAGCUGUAAUGAAUAAAUCAUUUCAACCUCAUGAAUCACAUAUACCAUAUCAAUUACAGCUAUUUAUAGACUUCAAUCUGUAUGGAAUGAACAUGAUCAAUGUAGCGGCUGUUAAAUUUCGUCACAGAAAUAUUAAAGGAUUUUUGUUAUUAAUGAUAUCUCUGUUAAGAUAUAUGAUAGAGGGAUUUCCUAACAUUGGUACGAAUCCUGGUCUAGCUGCACUGUGGGAAGAUGAAAGACAGAGACGUAGAGAUAGAGGUGAAGAUUCACAGCUAGAACCUCAAGAUUCUCAAGGUAUUUCUUUAUAUUUAUAA